AUGGCAAAUUGUUGGACAAAGACUAGUAUUUUGCCGAUAGUACUGGAUGAUAAUGUUGAACUUUCGCAUAAUACAUAUUUAGAAACAAUUGAGUCUGAAGAAAAUGAAAUAUAUGAAUUAGUUAAUAAUUCCUAUAUUUCUACAGAAGAAGUACUUGAUGACAAUCAAAUUAUUGAAACUAUAUUAGCAAAGCAAUUAGAAUAUAAGCAAGGUGAUCCAGAUGACUCCAAUGAAGAGCCAUCAAAAAUUUCUCCUGCUGAAGGAUUAAAUGGGUUAAAAACUUUCAUUUUAUUCACUGAACAAAUGGACAAUAAUUUUUUCUCCAAUAAUAAUAAUCUAGCAGUAUUUCGAAAGUAUAUACCAUCAGUGAAAAGAAAAAUUACAGAGUCUAUGAAGCAGAAAUUUAUUAAAGAUUUUUUUAAAAGUAAUCAAACUAUGUCUUUUAAUAAUGAAUAUUCUCUUUCUGAUGACAACAAUAACUCUUCUGACAAUAACUUCCCUGAUGAUGACUUCUCUGAUAAUGACUUCCCCGAUAAUGACUUCCCUAAUAAUGACUUCCCUGAUAAUGACUUCCCUAAUGAUGACUUCUCUAAUUAUGACUUCUCUGAUAAUGACUUCUCUGACAAUGACUUUUCUGAUGAUGACUUUCCUGAUAAUAACUUUCUUAAUAACAUUUCUAGCAAUGAUGAUGACUUUUCUAAUGAUGACUUGUGA